AUGGCCUGUGCAUCAACAAAGCUGCAGUAUUGGAGGCUUUAUCUGCUGUCACUGGUGUUGGGAAUUGGAGGAUCGUUUCAGUAUGGGAUUCAAGUUUCUGUCAUUGCUUCUCCAGCAGUGGAUAUUCAGAGUUUUGUGAAUCACACAUGGAUGUUUAGGUACGGAGCUCCAGCAGAUGGUUAUACCAACCAGCUUAUCUGGUCCUUCAUCGUGGCUGUGUUUUCCCUCGGAGCCUGGGCCGGUGCUAUUCACAGCGGCAGCCUUCCUGUCACUUAUGGCCGAAAAAAUGUUCUUUUGUUCAGCAACGGUGUGGUGGUUGUUGCUGCUGUCUUCAUGCUCUUCAGUCGAAUGGCCAGAUCUUUUGAGAUGAUCUUACUGGGAAGAUUUCUCUAUGGAUAUAAUGUUGGUCUUGGCGUGAGCGUGCAGGUCAUGUACCUCGCAGAGACCUCUCCAAAGAAUCUCAGAGGUUUCCUGACUCUCACGUCCUCAAUCUUCAUCAGCUUUGGAAAAGUCGUGGGUCAAAUAAUUGCCAUCAAGGAGAUUAUGGGUACAGAAGAAAUGUGGCCAUAUCUCUUAGCUGUUAGUGGUAUUCCUGCCAUCCUGCAGUUUGUGAUGCUGCCUCUUUUUCCUGAAUCACCUCGAUACCUUUACAUUGACAAAGGAGACACUGAAAGCUCUAGAAAAGCUUUGCAGUGGCUGUGGCAGGAGGACAACUUAAAGUUGGAGAUGGAUGACAUGCAGAAAGAAAGAGACAGCAAGCAGGGAGAGAAAGCCAAGACUGUGAAGGAUGUUCUCACCUCUCGCUGUGUGAGAUGGCAGCUGCUGACUCUCAUCAUCCCCUGUGCUGGUAUUCAGUUCUGUGGCAUCAAUGCUCUGGAUUUUUACGCCUUUGAGAUCUUCCGUGAGUCAGGCGUGCCAGAGGACCAGACACAUUACUUGCAUAUCGGCAUUGGAGCAACACUGUUAAUCUCUUUGUCACUGUCUUCUUUCUUGAUAGAUCGUGCCGGCAGAAAGAAGUUGAUGGGCUAUGGCUAUCUACUGAUGGGUAUCAUCAUGUCUAUACUUACUGUCACGAUGUCCUACAAGGAUAUAAAUUCAUGGAUCCCGUAUGUGAACAUCGCCCUGAUCUUUUGCGUCACCUGCAGUUAUGCAAUUGGACCUGCUGGAGUGUCCAUGGCUCUCCCUGCUGAACUCUUCCUACAAGCCUGGCGACCUUCUGCUUUUGUGAUCAGUGGGACUAUCAACUGGCUCUGCAUGUUCCUUGUGGGGAUGUUGUUCAGCUACAUCCUGGAGGCACUAGGACCGUUCUGCUUUCUCAUCUUUGUGGCCUACACCGUUUUCAGUGCCGCAUUUCUUUUAUAUUUUGUCCCAGAGACCAAAGGAAAGACAAUGGUAGAGGUUAUGGAGGACUUCAACAAACUGAACUACAAGAACAGAGGUGCUGACACUGAGAAGACUGACGUUAAUCUUGGAACUAAAAUUUAACUUGUUUUUUCAUAUUUUUUUAUCAUAUAACUGAAGGGGAUUGUGCGUUUAGUUGCUUGCAUUUUUUUUAAGUGUUUUAUUAUUUUAUUAUUUAUUGGUAAAAAAAAUAUUUGGAAUUGGAGUACAGGAAGAAAUUGGUGUACCAACAUAGAAAGCAUGACUUUACAUUAGGUUCUCUUCCCUUUAACAGUCUUAAAAACAUUUGUUUUCACAACUGCCACCAUCACCAAGUCCUUGCGCAUGGUGAGAAUUGCUGGAUCUCUGGAAAUAAUAUUCUGAAGAGUAUGGUCUAGACCUGCUCUAUAUGGAUGAAUAUGCUGAUGGGGGAUCUGAGGUCUUUGUAGCUUUCUGGGUAGACAUCUAUCCAUCCUGACCGACUGAUACCACCACUCUUAGAAAAUAACCAUUCCAAACAUACAUUUGGUAAUUGUCCAUUGAAUACAGAGGUAUUAAUAAAAUUAGAGGGAGUUAAAAUAGAAAGAGUUCACAAAAUUAAAUUUUGGGGGUAAUCAUAGAUGACAGAAUCAAUUGGAAAUCACAUAUCAAACAUGUACAGACCAAAAAAAAAAAAUCUUUUACCAAUAAAUAUACAGAAAUGAUUAAUUUUGCAUGAGGGGAGUUAUAAUUUAAGGGGGAAAUAAACUUUAAUCUAACUUUAAUUCGGACAAAGAGGAGGGGUUUUUGUGUUUCAGUUAGUGGGGUGAGACUAUGGAACAGGAUGACCAUGGAGUUGAAGCAAUGUCCAAACAUGAAACAGUUUAAAAUGAGGUACAAAGACACUAUUUUCAAGAGGGAUGAGGGAGGUGUUGGGUAGCACUAAGAGUUAUGAGGUUAUUGUCUCCUUUGUUUGUUUUUUUUGUUUGUUUUUUCAUUAUUUAAAGAGAAGGGGUGGUAGUUUACAAGUUAUUCCUUUUCUCACUCCUUUUCGAUUAUGUAUUUCUAUGUUCAAAUGUUUUGCCUUAUUUUUAUUUUUGUUUGCAUAUUCGAAAUAAACACUUCAAUCAUUCACAUACUGUAUAUCCUCAUGCCUUGUAUCAUUUGACUUUUAGUUUAAGGCACUUUCACCAAUAGUCUACUCAGGACUUAGAUUUGCCACUCAUACCAUACACGCAGUAGUGGAAAUAUACUAUUGAAAACUCUAAAAUGAUGAAUAUUUAUUUAAAAACAAAACUUUAAACAUUUUAGUUUUUAACUCCCACUCUGAUAUCUUUUUUCCUUCUUUCUUUCCAUACACUUCAUCUGUUGUACAAGUCAAUUUAUUCUCUCUGCACAAGAGCACAGCGCCCCCUACUGUACCAGAGUAGUUGUAAAAUUGCAAUAUACACCUUGAGGGUCUGAUAUCUGGAUCUGGCUCACUCCUUAUCGCCAAAAGCAAGUCCUCGAUGGACAAAAUGUUUCAUCAUAAUAGUAGUAACUGAAAGACAGAGAAGUUAGGAGCUUUUCAAUUGCAGUUUAUUUGAUGCUCAUCUCUGUACCAACAAAAGAGAUGAGACCCAAUAACAGAGUACAAAAACAAAUAUCUAUAGAAAAGUAUGCUUAUAUUGAAAUAUGUCCAAAGACGUUAUAAUAAAACAUGUAGCUCACAUGUUUUAGGAGCAAUCUUGUUGAAUACGAUGAUAAAAUACCAAGUUAACAUAUUGUACAUUUUCUGUGUGUGUUUUUAUACAAAAGUGUCAAUGCAAGUCACUCUGUACAAUUCUUAACCUUUAGAAAAGAGGACCUUUUUUAAUCCACUGCUGUGCACAAUCAGUAUUUGGAAGGCACUUUGCAACAGACCAAAAGCAGAAAGCAGAAAAAAAACAUUUAGGCCUAAAUAAUCAUUGGAGAUCAACUUUUUUUUUUUCCUUUUUUUUUUUUAACACUUGAGUACCAACAUGAGUGAAAACAAAGAUAAUCAUACAUCCCAGUGAAGAAAAACGCUCAAA